AUGAUCAAUUGGGGUUUAAUUGGUGCUAUUUUAACACCUAAUGUUGGUGGUUGGCUCAGCGCACUUUCUAUGUCAGGGCAAGUCAGACGGCCUGAUGGAAAAGCUUGGUAUCAACUGUUGAAUAAACCUCCUUGGACGCCUCCUGACUGGGUGUUUGGACCUGCUUGGAUUGUGCUUUAUUGCAGUAUGGGUUUUGCCUCUUAUAGGGUGUAUCAGGAGUGUGGUGGAUUCACAGAUGAAUCUGUGUACCCUUUGGCGUUGUACGGUGGGCAACUAGUAUUGAAUUGGGGUUGGACACCAGUCUUCUUUGGACUACAUAGGGUUGGAUUUGCCUUAUUGCACAUGUUGGCGCUGGACGUCACAGCCGUAGCCUGCACAGUCAGCUUUUAUCAGACAACGCCUGUAGCAGGAUACUUUAUGCUGCCAUACCUGGGAUGGUUAACCUUCGCAACGUGCUUGAACUACUCAAUAUGGAGACGAAAUAAGUUUUAA